AAGACGAAUUGUGGUGAACAAGGAACACUUUAUUCUCAGCAGCGGGACACACUCUCCCUGUCUUUUCAUAUUUGUGCUCAUAUAUCUUAUGGCUGUGCUUUUUAUGGGUCGUCUAAACAAUAACUGAGCGAACAGGGAAAUGCUCUUCAUUUCUUCUUCUUCUGACACACCCAGUUACAUAUGAGGGGAGGAGGGAGCGAACGGGAAACAGAGAGUGAAGACUAACAGAUCCACAGCUCAAAAGCCUUCCAAAGCUGACCGAGGAAAUACGCUUCUUCUCUGUUGGUUUACAAGAUUUUGUAGCAGUCGUGUCCAUCGGUACUCUGUAUGGACCUUCCUGUUGUGGUUUUACUGUGUUUCCCCUUCAGGCACUGACAGAGAGCUCCAGGAAAAAACUUUUUUUUUGGUGAGAUAAGAGUUUCAGUUUACAUUUCUGAAGAUGGAAAAAGGAUAUCCACCACAGGAAUCAGCUCCACCUUACCCCGGCCCACCCUUGGACUAUGGACAAGGAAUGCCUCAGCCAGGGACGUAUCCUCAACCAGGGACGUAUCCUCAACCAGGGACGUAUCCUCAACCAGGGACGUAUCCUCAACCAGGGACGUACCCUCAACCAGGGAUGUACCCUCAGCCAGCACCUUCUCCUCCAGGAUAUCAGCCAGGCGGUGUUUUUGCUCCUGCACCGGGUGCACCUGUCACAACAGUGACUAACAUUGUAGUAACACCGAGGCUACAGGAUGUUCCUGGACAAACUGUGUGUCCUCACUGCCACCAGGCAGUGAUCACCAGGACACAACACACCCCGGGCCUGCUGACGUGGGCUAUUUGUGGAGGCCUCUUCUUCUUUGGGUGCUUUCUUUGCUGUUGUAUCCCAUUCUGCGUUGAUUCCUGUCAAGAUGUGGAGCACCACUGUUCAUCCUGUGGCAGAGUCAUCUACGUUUAUAAGCGAAUGUGAAUCUUUUGAUGACUCUUACCCACUUGACUAUGACAGAAAUCAGUGGAAGAUUUGUAAAUCAAGAGAUUCAAGCCAAACAACAUACCAAUAAAUACUUUUAUCAGCUGCAUGUUGUAGUUAUGAGUUUUUCUCCUUUGCUCAGAUGUGAAUCUGGGCAGUUGCUCAUGCUGUAAUUCAGUAUUUAGACAUGAUAUUAUUUUGAGAUAAAUAAAUAUUGAGUUUAUACACCAGAUACAUUUGUAACAUUACAAAUACAAAAAUUAAAUCUGUAAAUACUAAUAGAUUAUAUUUUUUUCAUAAACUUCUUUGUAUGUUUUUGUCAUAUAAUUUUAUGCCACUGAUUACACGAUAUUUUAUAUGGAUCAUAUUUCAUGUGUAUCAUCUUUAUUGUUUGUUUUCUCUUAGUAUACCUAGUUUUGUAUUGCAAUACUUCUAAUGCGCUUUGAAUUACUUAGACACCCAAACUCUUAAACUUAUUUCCAAAUUAUUUCUGUGUAACCAGCAAAACUCGGACAAUAAAGGAAUAUCCUUGGAA